UUGACCUUGAACCUUCAGGAGCGACAUGGCGACUCUCUGGAGGCUGAGUGUCCUUUGCGGCGCCAGAGAAGGGCGAGCUCUCCACCAUGCUGGUUCCAUGGCUGCAUCUCUCCACUGGACUGGUGAGAGGGUUGUCAGUGUUUUGCUCCUGGGCCUACUUCCAGCUGCUUAUUUGAAUCCUUGUUCUGUGAUGGACUACUCUCUGGCUGCAACCCUCACUCUUCACAGUCCCUGGGGCACUGGACAACUUGUUACUGACCAUGUUCACGGGGAUGCAGUGCAGAAGGCUGCCAAGACAGCCCUAUUGGUGCUCUCGGCUUUCACCUUUGCUGGACUCUGUUAUGUCAACUAUCAUGACGUGGGCAUCUGCAAAGUUGUGGCUAUGCUGUGGAAACUCUGACCUUUUAGACUUAAUACCUUGAGAAUUGAUUGUACACCUCCUUGCCUCUGAUCACACCUCCUUGCCAUUUCAACUCACAAUAAGAAGGAAAAACAUUGGUGAGACAAACCUCUUCUCGUAAUCACCUGAUUGUUUUUAGCAUUUAAUCGUUGAACAAAGAUUGAGGGAAGUUGGAUCUUAAGAAAUUAUAAGACUGAAUUCUGUAUUCUGGGGAGCUAAUGGAGUGUCUCAGCUUUUCACAAGUCUCAUAGUAUAACUGAACAUUAUAUAUGAGCUUUUUGUCUUUUAAUUUAUCAAACUCUUAAAGGGAAUUCAGCUUUAUAACUCUCAAUAUCUGAUCAAACAUCUAUAUUUGUCCUAGGAUGAUGGAGAAAGGGAAAGACUUAAUUCAUAAGUAAAGACUGCAGAAAAUUAGGCAGUGUUUAGUUUUUGUAAACCUCCCCCUCUGUUCAUUUGAUACCAGUUACUGAGGGUUACAUGUCUUAGGGAAAUUUGAAAAUUAGAAAUGCUGAUAUUUCACAUUACUGAUUUCUAAAUCCUAGGAAGAAGAGCCUGGAGAGUUUCUGAAUGUAUAGUAGUUCCAUUUAGG